AUGGCAGGUCCUGAGUGUGGCUCUGAAGCGCUUCGAACUGGAACUGGUCUCCUCCAGGCAUCCGAACAUGAAGGUUGCCAUGAAGGACCACUUGACAUUGUUGCUGGAACUGGGAAAUGGGCAGAUUCACAGCUUUGGGAGAGCACAGAGGCCUGA